AUGAACGACUCGCAAUACGGCUCGUCGUACAACCCUCCGACGGACACGUCCUCCUUCCAAAUGAACCCGCUGUCCUCGCACCCGCCGCGCACGCCCCGGACGUCCAUCAUGUCCAACGGCUCGCAUGUCUUCGGCACGGACAUCUACGACACGAAGGCCGACGCGGAGGAGAAGCACCAGGAGCCCGAGGUCGAGGAUGAGGAGGAGGAGGACGAGAAGCCGAGCGCGGCGAAGAACCACGUGCGGCGAGAGGAUGUGUGGCGGGAGCUGCUCAAGUCGGCGAACGGGCGCGACAAGGCAUUCAAACUCCUGCAAUAUUCGAUGAAGAUGUACUUGGUGUUCCAUGUGGCGGUCACCUCCACCCGUGCUUUCCGGGGGAAGCAGCGUCCAGCAUGGGAGGCGGAGCUCACCAAGCGCUUGGCAUCUGCUGUCGCAGGGUUCUCCCUGACCAGGAAAUGCCUCAUCCUCUUCAACUGGCUGCCGCCACUCACGUCCAUACUCGCGCAGCACUCGUCCGAUACAUACGCGUCGCACAAGAACAAGCAGAAGCCGCUGCUGCACACGUUCCUGCACGCGCCGCCACCCGUAUUACUAGAGUUCAUCAAUGGUCUCGCAGAUGACGCUGCGACCUUCUCCAAACUUGGGAUUAUCGGCAAGGUGACGGGGGAGCGCGCCGGACGGCUUGCGGAUUACUGUUGGUUCGCAAGUACGCUCGUGAACCUUGUCGAGAACAGCGUCGAGAGGAGCGUCAUUCUCGACCUCCAACAUCAAGUGGAAAACCGCCUUUACUCCGAGUCUAUGGGUGGUACCACCACGAAAUCGAAUCCAGCUGCCAAUAAGCUGGACAACAAGGAGCUCGUACGCCUGCGGCGUCAAGAUUACUGGAUACAGGUGACGAGGAUGAAACUCCUCAUGGACCUGAUAUUUGUCUCGUACGACGUGUUCCGCCUCAAGCGCGCCAAAGGCCAGGUACAAACUAUGGCCGGGCUGGCCUCUGCAGUGCUCAGCUCGGCGAAGCUGUACGACAAGCACAAAACUAUGCUCAGCAAGUCGCAUACCCACUGA